ACAGCCGAAAUUGAGGCGACAUUGUUCCAUUGUUAAGGCGACUCUCUUACCCUCUGCCGGCCACUGCCCAACGCCCAUUCGCCGCUGGCCACUGCCCAACGGCCACCAUAUUUUGGGUUGCAAUUCUUUGUUGGGUUGUCUGUCUAUUUGUUUUAUAGCCUUUUUGAUGGAUAGAGAUUAGAUUCUGAUCAGUAAAAUUGGAAAGGGAAAGUUGGAGAAGAGUUGUUGGGUUCCAUUGUGGGAUUAUGGGUCACCACUCACCAGUGCUUAAAAUCAUACGAAAUUUGAUUUUAUUUGAAUAUCCUCUUCCUUUCUGAAGCACGUUGUUGUCUUCUCUUAGUUAUCAUAUUUGAUUUGAUUUCUGGCGGUUUCGGCUUUUGGGUUAUCAACGACGUUGAGACUUUUUCAGGGAGAAGUCAGAAGAGAGAUUACGUGGUUUUGUUGAAUUGGGUGGGUUGAUCCGGUGUUUUGUGUUUAUUCUAUUUGGUGAAAUAAAUUGACAUGUCAAAAUUCUAUUGGAUGCUGUAAAUGAGGUCCUGAUUAAAGUUAUACCCUGGAGUAACUUCGGAACAUAGGAAGGAGGAGGACGACGAGAAAAUAAAUGCCUCGAUACAAGGACGAGCCUCCGGCGGUUCGCGUCUACACGGUCUGCGACGAAUCCAGGUAUCUGGUCGUGAAGAACGUUCCGGCACUGGGGUGCGCCGACGAAUUGCUCAAACUGUUCGCUUCCUAUGGAGACGUUGAAGACUGUAAGCCAAUGGAUGCCGAGGACUGUGAGCCAUUCACCGACGUUUACUGGAUCAAAUUCCGCCUCGUCAGCAACGCCAGGUUUGCGAAGAGAAAAUUGGACGAGUUUGUUUUCAUAGGAAAUCGGCUGCAGGUUUCGUAUGCUCCGCAAUUUGAGAGCCUCUCUGACUCGAAGAAUAAGCUAGAAUGGAGGAGCAGGGAAGUUCUAGCACGUUUAAAUCCCGGGAGAUCCAAAGGGCUUGCGGUUGGUGCUUCGACUGAGGACUCGUUAGUUGCUUCUCCCUCGCAGACGAACUGCCUUCCCCAACAGACGAAUUCUAACCAAAGGGACUCCAGAGAAUCGAUUAAUAAUUAUUCUCCUAUCACACGGGUUUCCUCUGACAAGGACUAUUUUGCAUCUCAUUCAAUGAAUCAGACAGUUCAGUUGGUAAGAGAGAAGCUCAAUAAGAUUCAAUCGAGUUCUGAGCAUAUACAAGCCGCGCCAAAGAAAGCACGAGUAGACAACAGAAGAAGAAUCUAAUGGAUUGUUAAUGGUGGAGGAAGUGAUUAGAUUCCAAAAGGUGUUUUAUUUUUUGGGACUCACCUCUGUUUAACUUCUCCUACGUGCAUAUUAUGCCAACUGCACUUGUUUAGCUACAUCCAUCAUAUCUUGAUAAUGUAAAUACUAUUCUCUUUGUUUCUAUUUUGAGUUUCUGAGGAGUUUUUUUUUUUUUUUUUUUUUUGUGUGCCUUUUGAGUGCAUUUUAAACCAUGUGCUUAUAUUCUUUGUAAGAACAAUAUUCGACAUUGUAAUUUUAUUUUUUCUGUGAUACAUUCAUAAAGAAAGUUUCACAUGAUUGUAGUAUUUUUCCUAUUUGAAAGUUAAAAGAGAUCAUGUAUUGGCAGUUGGCUACAUUUAUUCUCUAUGGAAAAUGCAGAGGAAUUACCAAUUCUUCUGUUGU